AUGUUAAAAAAUUGUCUGCAUCUGCUGUAGAAGAAUUAUGGACUCCAGAAAACAUAUAUUCAAAUUUCAAGAGAAUUAGUGUGCCAAAGCUUUUUGAAUGUAAUGACUUUCCAGGGAAUGAUUUGGAAACAGAAAGCAAGAGGAUGUAUAAUCAGGUUAUAUUUGAUUUGACUCGUGAGGUGCUACGUACAGAAUAUCAAGUAACUGCAAAUCCAGAUAGACUUCCAUGGUUAAAAGAAAAUUUGGGGUCUCGCUGUUCCAGAUGUCGUUGCAGAAGAGCAGAUGUCAAUGAGGUCAAGACAUUUGUUCAGGGUGAAGUUGUUAAAAUAAUGAACCUGGAAAAGAAUGACUUAGAAGUGAAAAGAAAAUUUCUUAAUAUGACCAAGUAUGGAAACUGUGAGAGAGACAGAGUGGACCUUAUUCUGAUUCAGGAGCUCCGCAAAGAAGAAUCUCAGUGGACUUACUAUGAUGAUGAUGAAUUAACUGUGAAGAUGAGAAUGACUGAAACCAUAUUUGAUAGCUUGAUCCUUGAUACAAUCAGAGUUCUCAAUAAGAUUUAUCUGAGAAAAGCCUGUGAUAAGAAGUUUUCCCUAAUAGCGGAAUUUUAAUCCCUGAUUUUUAAGGCACGAAUACAUGAUUAAGAAUUUUAAUUCUGAACUUUACCCAAUACCAGUGUGGCCUAAGUUAUACAUUUGUAUUUACGAUGAAAGGAUGCAAGCAGAGACGUAAGCACAUAGGGGGGGAAAAAAAAAUUACAUAAAACAUUUUUCUUGAGUUCUGAGCUCUGGGAAUGCUCAUUAAGAUCAAUGUUCUUCUUAGACUGAUUUUAUGUGGAAUCUAAGUGGUGGAAGUUUUAUUCUUGUUUUUUUAAUCAUGAUGGCACUUUAUUCUCCUAUGCAUUUUAAGAGCAUCAUAUGUGUUUAAAAUUGUAUAGGAGUCUAUGAUUAUACAAACAGAAUUCAAAACCAAUUUAUGUGUAAAUGAUUUUAUUCUGUUAUGUUCUGAUAGUGAAUGAUGAUGUAAGAGUUAUAUUUU